AUUUGACUUGUCAAUAUUAAGCACCCCAAAUGAUGCUAAAUUUACAUGUGAUAAAAAUAUAAAUAAAGCUUUUAUUAGGCCAAGUUUAAUAUAAAUCGUGAUUUGAAUGAAAUCAGCAUAAAUAAGUUCAGAGUUCGCUUCAUUUGACGGCAGCAUCAUUUUCGAUCCCAAAAUGUCGAUGCCACAUAGCAGUUCAAGUACAACAAGCUCAAGUACAAAACGGAAAGAAAUUUACAAAUACCAAGCACCAUGGCCUUUAUACUCAAUGAAUUGGUCCGUGCGACCUGACAAGAGGUUUAGAUUGGCUCUAGGAAGCUUUGUCGAAGAGUAUAAUAAUAAGGUACAAAUCAUCUCGCUAGAUGAAGAAACAAGCGAGUUCAGUGCAAAGAGCACAUUUGACCACCCGUACCCCACCACCAAGAUCAUGUGGAUACCAGACAGCAAGGGAGUUUAUCCGGAUCUUCUUGCUACUAGUGGCGACUACCUUCGCAUAUGGCGAGCGGGCGAGCCGUACACGCUGUUCGAGUGUGUACUCAACAACAAUAAGAAUUCGGACUUCUGUGCACCCCUCACGUCCUUCGACUGGAACGAAGUGGACCCCAACCUCAUCGGCACAAGCAGUAUUGAUACCACAUGUACUAUAUGGGGCUUGGAGACUGGCCAGGUGCUCGGGCGGGUCAAUGAAGUGUCCGGGCAUGUGAAGACCCAGCUGAUUGCUCAUGAUAAGGAAGUAUACGACAUAGCAUUCAGUCGCGCGGGCGGUGGGCGCGACAUGUUCGCAUCAGUCGGUGCGGACGGCUCUGUUCGCAUGUUCGACUUGCGCCAUCUUGAGCACUCCACCAUUAUAUACGAGGACCCCCAGCACACACCCCUCCUCCGUCUGGCCUGGAACAAGCAGGACCCGAACUACCUCGCCACGAUAGCGAUGGACGCGUGUGAAGUGAUCAUACUGGACGUGCGUGUGCCGUGCACGCCGGUCGCGAGGCUGAAUAACCAUAGAGCGUGUGUGAACGGCAUCGCCUGGGCGCCGCAUAGCUCCUGCCACAUUUGCACAGCUGGUGACGACCACCAAGCGCUAAUCUGGGACAUACAGCAGAUGCCCCGCGCUAUAGAGGACCCCAUACUCGCGUACACCGCUGCAGAGGGGGAGGUCAACCAGAUACAGUGGGGGGCAACACAGCCUGAUUGGAUCGCGAUAUGCUAUAACCGACAUACGGAGAUUUUGAGGGUUUAAGGUUGGGGAGGAUAGUUUGUGUUUUGGACUGUCCCAAAUAAAAUGUAAAAUAGUGUUAAACUGCUAUAACAUAUGAUAAUUUUGAUGGUUAAAAGCAAUAAGGCUUUCAUUUUGUCUCCCGUUUGAAUAUCCAACUAAUAGUACCUAUACUACUCGGAGGGGGAGGUCAAAAGGAUACAGUGGGGGGCAACCCAGCCUGAUUGGAUCGCAAUAUAUUACAACCGACAUACGGAAAUUUUGAGGGUUUAAAGAUGGGGAAGAUAGUGGUUUAAGAUUUGGACCACCUGCAAUGUCGAAAAAUAUGUAAUAAGCCUGCUAUAGCCUAUAAUAGACAGGGAAAUAUUGAGGAUUUAAGGGUCGAGAAGAUAAGAUAUGACCCCCUUUAAGCGUGACCCCUUGCGUACUAAAAAUGUCCGAGAUUGUGCUAGCCUGCUAUAACAUGUAACAUGCAUACGGAAAUAUUGAGUUGUACGGUAUACGGAAGUAUUGGUUUAAGGGUCGGGAAGAUAGUUUUGGACCCCCUGUGAUCUAAAAUAUCGGAGAAGUGUUAAACUGCUAUAACAUACGGAAAUAUUGAAAGUUUAAAGCAAUAAUGCGUUCUAUUGGACCCCUUUUGAUACAUAAAUGAACAACUAAUCUGCUUUAACAGACGUACGGGAAUUUUUAGGGUUCAAGUGAAACACAUUUUUGACAGUUUUGGCUAAAGUUUAGUUUACUUGAAAUUUAAAUGUCCAAAUGUAUAACUUUUGACCCUCUUUGACGAUCCAUAAAUUUUCAAGGGAUAAAGCGAUUUAUGAUUGACAUGACAUUUUUUUGAGCUCUAACAUUUAUUUAUUCAACUAGACCUCGUUUGAAGCGCUUUUGAACAUAAUGAAAUAUUUUGGGAUAUAAAUCUCAUUAUAAUCAAAUAAAUCGAUCCCUUUUGACAUUUAAAAAAUUGAAUUAGGACGUGGUUAAGUAAAAAUGUCAAAUACCCUAUAAUAACUUAAUGUCAAUAAUUAAGUUCCAAAUGUUUGUGUCCAAUACCUAGUAAGAUCAUCACAAAUAAGAGAAAAAAACUUUACAUUUAAAUACUUUGCAUUGUAAAAUCGAAUCAAUAUCGACGAUCCAUUUUUGUGUGUUCUUGUAUACUAAAAAAAAGAAAUAAUUUAAGUUUACUGGACACAAAAAUAGCAUUUAUAAUGAAAUGUUACCAUAUUUACAUUCUUUAAGGUCGAUUUUUCAAAUAUG